UUAAAAUCAACUGACCAAUCAGGUAAUAACAGCCAGAAACCCAUCGUUUCAUAAGUGGUUGCGAUCAGACAUGGUUUCAUAAACAAGAUAGGGAACAAUGUCGUUACUCCAGUAUUGUUUAAUAAAGGUCUGACCGCAGAAGAGACAAAGUUUAUGCCUGCUGGAAUUAAGAACAAAACUUUUCAGCCAACAUCCUCGACAAAAUGAAGAGACUGUACUUUGUCGAGCCGAUCGUCGGGGUUUACGCGUUUGCCAGUUUUAUGCUUUAUCCUCUGGUGCAGCAGUACGUGUAUCGCAGACUGUGGCUGGAAAUCACAAACUCAUCAUAUCCCGCGUCCGACGACAUCACUUCCCCGUGCGCCGCCAACAGCAGCAACAACACUGGCCAGCAAGAGAAGGUGCAGAAAGCAGCUUCACUGUUUUCCACGUACAGCGAGUUGUUUUCCCUGAUCCCUAGUCUUGUGGUGACCCUCCUUCUGGUGGCCUACAGCGAUCAACGCGGGCGUAAGAUCACCAUUAUCAUGCCACUCAUCGGAUCCCUGAUCUACUCGGUUUCCUUCCUAACUGUGUCCUUCUUCGAGCUCAACGUCUACCUCCUCAUUGCUGCCAAUUUCGCAAGUUCCCUCUUCGGUGGCAUCGGAACCAUGCUAGGUGGCUGCUUCUCCUAUGUGGCCGAUCUGUGCGACAACAGCAAGCAGAAAACUCUUCGUAUGGCCGUGAUCGACAUGGUGAUCGGCAUUAUGGCAGGCAUAGCGGCAAUCUCCACGGGCUACUUUUUGAUAGCGGCUGGAUUUAACUGGCCUUUCUUUACAUCUGCAAUGUUACAGUUGCUAAACUUGCUAUAUGCCAUCUUUUUUCUGGAAGAAACAAAGGUGGUUGAUAGGUCAGAGACUGUGGCGUGUUGCCAGGCUCUGCAGAAACUCGCAUCUGGGAUCGUUAACCUGUUUGCGGGAGGAAACAGGAAAACAAGUUGGAUGCUAGUAUUAAUGAUGAUUAUGUUUUUCUCAUUUUCGUUCUCUAAUACCGGGGGUCUGUCUGUGAUCACACUUUAUGAACUCAAUAAGCCGCUUUGCUGGAGUGAGAUCCUUAUUGGCUAUGGCUCCGCGGCCUCCACCGCCGUGUUUAUCACUAGCUUUGUUGGUGUGUAUAUGUUCUCGCGUUGUCUGUCUAACAUAACCAUCAUCUAUAUUGGGAUAUUGUCGGUGGUUAUAGGCCUGGUGAUGACUGCGUUCGCAAAGACUACACUCAUGAUGUUUCUGGUUAGGAUUCCUUCGAUGUUUGCCAUCAUGCCGUUUCCCGUUCUGCGUUCGAUGAUGUCAAAGGUCGUUUCAAAGUCCGAGCAGGGUGCGCUCUUUGCCUGUGUGGCUUUUAUUGAAAACCUGACCAGCACUGUGGCAUCCGCAUCUUUUAGCAGCAUCUAUGCGGCCACUGUGAUGUGGUAUCCUGGCUUUGUAUUCCUGUUGGGAGCUGGACUUUGCAUCAUUCCUAUUAGUUUAUUGUGCAUCCUGAAGCGUUUCUAUCCAGCAAAUUACAAUGAUCCUGAAGAACUCUUAUCAGAAAAUGGGACAGAGACGUCAGAUGAUGCUCCUGUAGCUUAAAACCCAAUCACAUUGUGUUUACAGAGACUCUUGAAUAAGUAAGAUUUGUCUCAUGCCGCAUGUGGGUAUGAGAUGAAUUUCGUGUUUGUGGGUACAAUAUGUAGUUACUGCCAGUGAAGUUUGAAGUUUGUGAGUUUUUGCCAGAAUGCAAAAAAAAUAUUACAGAAGGACUACUAAGGGAUUACAAAUGUAUAUUUCUAAUGAAAAAAAAAAGUUUAAGAAAGGAAAUAAUAUUUAGCAAUAAUAAUUUGUGCAAAAACUACACCCUCAGAAAUAAAGGUUCAAAACUGUAUCUUUUCUGUCACUGGGGCUGUACCCUUUCAAAAAGUACAGCUUUGCACCUAAGGAUUUCCUUUUAGUACCUCAGAGGUAAAUACUGGGACCAAAGAGAGCUUAUUAGUACCUCAAAAAUACAUAUUAAUAUUUCAAAGGUACAUAUUGGUACUAAAUAUUUACAUAUCUGUACCUAAUGGUCCAUACAAUUACCUUCUUAAAGGGUGCUGCCCCACUGACAGCUAGGGUACUUAUUUAGACUUUUUUCUAACAAUGUAGGUCCUAAAGGUAUGGUAAUCCACCCAAAAUUGUAUCCUGUUUUUUAUUCCUGCAAAGGUACCAAACGAAAACUUAGGGUACAGCCCCAGUGAUGGAAAAGGUACAGUUUUGUACCUUUAUUUCUAAAAGUGUACAUUCUUAUUUGUUACAGUGCUUGCAAGGCAGAAAAGAAGUGCAUUAAAGUUUUAGGUAACUUAUAUUUCAAAUUUGUAAUGUAAGCACUUUCGAGGUCCCGGACAGGGUUUAGAUUAUUCCAGGACCAGGCCAGUUUUUACAAACAUGGCUUACAAAAAAACAAUACUGGUGUGUAUCUCGAGACAAAACAAUGGCAUGAUAUAUGUUAAGAUAAAUCUAUGAUAUAUAUAUGAUUAUAUUAUAUAUUUUAGGAUAUGUUAAAACAUGUCAAUGCAAGAUGUUUUUAAAUUAAAACAGCCCAAACAUGCAUUUUAGCCUGGGACUAGAAUAAGCCUUGUUCGGGAUACUGCCCCAAAGAUAUUUAAGUAUUUAAAUAAUGUUACAUUACAUUAUUUCAUUGAGCAGACUUUUUUUAUCUAAAUAACUUACCAAAGAGCAAGCUUUUAAUUUUUUUUCUAAUAAUAAUAGUUUUAAGAUUUUCAGACUUAAACUUCCUAUUUUGUACAAGUUUUUGUAGAAUUACCAACAAGAAUUUGAAGAACAAGAAUAAAUGUUACUAUAUGUG